AUAAUUAUUUAUAUUACUUGUUAUACUUAAGUACUGUACGUACAUAACCCAUAAAGAUGUUAUGUAUAUUAUAAUGCAACUAUAUCGACAAACCAAGUUACUCGGAGAAUAAACCAAGAAAUUUCAUCUUAAUUUUUUUUUUUAUAAUAUCGGUUAAUUAUAACGUUGUUAUAAUGGCUGAUUUAUUUGACAUAGCGAAUAUAAUUACAAGUGUAGGCGUGAAUGCUGUCAAAAUAAAAUCAGAGCCGGGUUUGCCGCAAAAGUCAUCGAAUGAAAUUUUAACUGAACUUUUCAGUACCUUCGAUGCGGAUGAGGGUAUAGUAUCUCCGGAUAAUAGUUAUCAACAAGUUCCAGAUGCCAUUGUUAAGUCAGAGAAGAAAGAGAAAACGCAGAUGGAGAAAAGAAAAAAGAAGAGCAAGAAGAAACAUAAGCAUAAAGAAAAGAAGCAUAAAAAAAGAUCGAAACACACUUCCUCGGAUAGCAACAACAGUGAUAUUGAAAGCUCUGUUAGUAAAAAAAAAAAAAAACAUAAGAAGAAGUCUAAGCGCAAACAUGAAUCACAUUCAAGCAAAUCAUCUGAAUCGGAUGAACCUAAAUCUAAAAUUACCAAGAUUGAAAAUAAUGUUUCCUUUACCGAUGAACAAAAUAUUAGAGUUGAAGAUUCUCUUAAAGAGGGUGUCAAUGAUGUACAAUUGAGAGAAGUAGCAUCGAUAAAGGAAGAAACUGAAUCUUUAAACAAGUGUAUGACUCAUGAUAAAGAAGAUAGGCUUCUUGAAAGUCCUGAAUUACCACCUAUUCCAAAGAAAGAAGACGAUGAAUUUGAAGAAUCUGUAUUACCGAAAAUUCUUGAUAAACCAAAACAGCCUGUACAAGGAAAAAUUAUUAUAAAGGAUCUUAAAAAUAGUAUUGUUUAUAAUGAAACGGUAAAGGAAAUAGAGAAUAAGGAGAAAGCUAAAGCUGCGCGUAUGGAAGAUGGCGAAUUAACAGACAGCAGUAAUAAUAAUAGAACACCAACGUUAAGUCCUACGCCACCACCAUGUAAUUCAUUUAGAUCUCCUACAUUAAGUCCAGAUGACACACUUAAACCUGAAUCAGUGGGUCCAUUGAAAUCUAAAAACGACCUUAGAUUAAUUUUAAGAGAAAAAGAAAAGAAAAGAUUAGGGACAACAGGAAAAUCAAGGAAUUACAAUGAUAAAGAUCGUAAGGAUAUAAAAUCAUAUAAUAAAGUUAAAAAUAGAAGUAACAAACGCAGUCGAAGUUGUCACUCGCAAGAAAGAAAUAGAUCGAAUUCCCAAACACGUUCUCAUCGUAGUAGAAGUAGAGGUAGGGAUAAAUAUUCAGAUAGAAGUAAGGAAAGACGCGACAGAGAUAGAAGCUUUGAACGACGAGAUUUGAGAAGAAGCAGGGAGAGGAGGAGACACAAAAGUCGUAGCAGAGAGAGAAGUAGAGACAAAUAUGUACGAGGGCGAAGUAGGAGUAAGGAAAGAAAAGAACGUAUUGAAAUCGAUAAAAAGAAACUACUGGACGAACUUACAGAUUUUUGUAAAUCUUUAUCAAAGUCUGAAGCAUUAGGAGAAUUAUCCAAUCUAUCGUCUGAAGAGGAUGGAAGUGAAUCGGAAAAAGGUUUCCAUCAUCCUUUUCUCCUAAAAGAAAGGCCAAGUCCAAUUGUCAUGAAUAUUCGAAAUGCAAAGCAAUUACCAACAAAAACAUUUCAAGAAAAGACAGCUGAAUCUUCAAAUCAAUUGCGUCUUCAAUUUCCUGUAUCUAGUGGUCAGCAUCAUAGAAAAACUGAAAGUGAAUGGAUCCCUGUGACACCAAAAAAACCAGAACCAAAAAAACCGUUUGUACAAACAUCGGUACCAUCUGAACCAGUUUCAAUAGUGCCUAAGCCAAAUUCUAUACAGCCAGUACAACCUGUACAACCAGUAGUUUUUCCACGACCAUCUAUGACAGGACCAGUUGAUAUUGGAUCUAUAGUGUCACAGAGAUUAGCUGCUAUGAGAAAGUUGAGAGAAAAUCCGAAUGAUGUUGGUGCAUUAAAUGAAAUGUAUAGAGCACAAAAUGAGAUGAAAUCCUGGGCAGAAAGUAAACAAAUGCCAGGCCAGUUUACUGGUAGUACAGGUGCCAAAGUGCUCUCACCUGCUGAGCUUACUUCAGGUUAUCAAGCAUGGGCUCAUAAGGAUCAAUUAGUGUCUGCGCAACCUGUAUCUGGUGGUAUGGGAAUGGCUUUAUUACAAAAGAUGGGUUGGCGACCAGGUGAAGGUUUGGGUAAAAAUAAAGAAGGUACAUUGGAGCCGUUACAGCUAGAAGUGAAAUUAGAUAAAAGAGGUCUUAUUUCGGAACAAGAUAUUGGACAAAAGAUUAAUAAAAUGGCUAAACCAGUAAUACCGGCUAUUAAAACAUUAGAAGGCAAGCAUCCAGUAUCACUGCUCGGAGAAUAUUGUUCUAAACGAAAACUUGGUGCUCCUGUAUACGAAUUGUGUUUUGAGUGUGGCCCAGAUCAUAAAAAAAAUUUUCUAUUUAAAGUUAAAGUAAAUGGUAUUGAAUACAAGCCGACAUUUGCUAGUCCUAAUAAGAAGCAAGCUAAAGCAGAAGCUGCACAAAUAUGUUUACAAACAUUAGGUUUAUUAUCUUCUUAGAUCUUUUUUUCGAUAUUGUACAGCGGAUUAAAUUAUUUAAUCUAAUUACAAGUUUAUAAUAUA